GUUCCAACAAUUGCUUUUCAAUUCUCAAACUUUCAAAUCCAAGUACGUUAGUACGAUCAAUCAUCAUAGCUCCAAGCAAGAUGUCGACAAUCACGAGCGCCGCAACUACAUCAGCAUCAAGUUAUUUAGUAGGCCCAUUGACUACAACUUAUACACCCACUGGCUCUGAUUGUAGUCAAGUUUUCUGGGCUCAAAAUCUGAAAAAUUCUUGGCUUGCGUAUGGUGGUAUCGGUAGUGGGAGUACCAGUUGUAUGCCCAGUGGAUUCCAUCGUGAAACAGCAUAUUAUUAUUCUCCCGGUGUCUGUCCAACGGGAUAUAGUGCCGCCUGCUCGUCAUAUUCUACAGGCUCGAGUGCUACGAAAACCAUAGCUACUUGUUGUCCCACAGGCUAUACAUGUUUUGCAAAUAGAGGAGCAGACCAAAUUUAUGGAUGUACAUCCUAUUUUUCGGAAGAUGAAACAUUAUCGAUCAACAGCGUAUUAUUCGAUACCGUUACUGCGGCGAGCACAACGUCAUACCCUGUCAUAUACGCCAGCACGACUAUAACUGUCACAUCGGGGGUUGACAAGGUAGCAGCCUAUGGUAUAAUCAUAGAGAGAGCUUCGGACGAUCCUUCUUGGGUAUCAAGUACAACUUCAUCUACUACAUCUUCCUCAACGGCAUCGCCGAUUAGAAGUGGUUCAAACGGCCUCGCAUCCGCAACCUCAUCUUCCAGUGAUGCAUCAUCAGCAACAAGUUCAGCAUCGUCAUCAUCAGCAUCGUCGAAUACAGGGAUGUCCACUGGUGCCAAAGCAGGUGUAGCUAUCGGAGUAGCCCUCGGUGUUUUAAUCAUCGCAGCGGGAGCUCUUCUGUUAUUCAGAAGACUCAGAAGACGCCCUCGAGGCUUGCAACCUGUUCCUAUAGGCGAGCUUGACGGACCAACGCAAUAUUACGAGAAGCCUAAUAGCGAUGAGCCUUAUAACGCUCCUCCUUAUGUCACGGAAGCUCCAGAUACAGCGGUAAAUCAACGAGGAGGAGAGUUGCAUGGCAACGAUAUAUCUUACGAGUUAUCCGGAAGUACGGCCCCGAGGAGAUAUUGAGAAAAGCGGAGACGAAAGAUCUAAAUUCAAUAUGUGAACUGUAUUUUUUGAUGCAGCUUCGGUGGAUGAUACACGUCCAUUAGUCCGAGAUUUAACAAGAUAAUAAGAUACCCAAGUCGUCAAAAAUGCAGGAUGAUAAACAGGAGGCAAAAUCACCUCGAGGGGUAGGCCAUUGCGUAAUUGCACAGGGAAAAGUACACGUGCUUUUUCGUGGAGACAUGCGAUCAUUGAAACUUGGAUGCUUCAAUUAUGGUUUAAUGUACAUAUAUAUAUAUACUAGCGAUUUUCUUAAUGAUAGAGAACAGAACUAAUACGAACGUAGCGAC